GGAGGUUGGACCAAGCACAAUAUAAAAGUCCCAACUUUGCUGGGCUCUACAAUCCACAUCCUUAGCUGAGUCCUGUUGAAGAUCAGGUUCUAAAAAUCCACCUAGGAUGUCCUUCAAUGAGCAGCAGUGCAAGCAACCAUGUGUGCCCCCUCCCUGUCUUCAAAAGACCCAUGAGCAGUGCCAAGCAAAGGCUGAGGAGGUGUGCCUCCCCUCAUGCCAGGACCCCUGUCAAGAGAAGUGCCCAGUGCAAGCUCAGGAGGUUUGUCUUCCUCAGUGCCAGGUACUAAAUCAAGACGCCUGCUCACAGCAAAACCAAGACCCAUGCCUACCUCCAUGCCAAGACCAAUGUGCACCUCAGUGUGUGGAGCCAUGCCAGGAGGUGUUCCAGACAAAAUGUGUGGAGGUGUGCCCACAGAACAUCCAGGAGAAGUGCUCACCCCCUGGCAAGGGCAAGUAACUGCUCAUGUGCCACAAGAGUCAAGAAGAUGGCCCAUAUAUGAAAAGCCCACCCCAGCCCAUGCUCUGAUGACCUCCUGCAGGUAUCUCUGUGUGCAAUGUGCUUUCUUGCCCUCUGGCUUCCUCAGUAUUCCAGGACUUGGUUUGUGUCCCUGAAGGCAGUUCUCUCUGCAUUUCAUCAACCUCUGUAAAUAAGUCUUGUGCUCGGUAGUCUGUUGAAAGCCUAGCAAAGUUCCCUUGAAACAAAAAUUCAUCCAACCCUGUAUUUUUAACAGUCAAGGAUGUCUUCAUUCAUCUUUCAGAGUAUCAGACUCUCAUUCAAGCCUCAAAACAAACUGAAUUCUGAUGGACUUUUCAUUUAUCAUCACCACCAUAACCACCAAAGGUCUUGAGAAUGUUGUGGGUAAUUUUGUCCCUGCACCUUAAAAAGAACAGCAAAUGAUUGGACAUUAUAAUGUUAUUUAUGAUUUUAUUAAAAAAUGAAAUCAAAUUCUGUAAAUGAUUGAAUCCAAACAGCCAAUAAGGAAAGACGAGAUAGGAUGUCUGGCGUCCUUGUCUAUCGUUGUGCUCCAUAGCUGGUCUGCUCUGAGUUCUUCUCAUCAUGUACACUCUUUAAAGAUGUAAUUUGUGUCUGUGUGAAGCAAGCUGGUCUUCUCUCCAGCUUUCUUGCCUUCUUUUCCCUGAAGAAUCUAAAAUACAUAAUAAAGCUGAUUCUAAGGCUGA